UUAUAUAUUAUUUGUUGUUGUGAAUUCAUAUAUAUUCUUAUUUGUUUUUUUUUUUUUUUUUUUUAUAAUUUUACUUGAACACGCUUUUAGUGGUAGAUAUACUACCAAAUAUGUGUAAAUUAUUAGUAGCCGUCGUGACUGCGGUCAGGGGCCGUCCCCUCGCCCAGCGAUUUUGUCAAAAUCGUGGCAUCAAAUACUCUUUAGGUGUAAUACACAUACCCUCAACUAGUUUCUCAUGUGAGCUGCAGCAUACUCUGCAAUCGGAAAGCAACUUUGCCAGCAUCCAAAAACAUUCCAAUCUUGUCAAGCGGCAUAGUAGGUGGUAUGGAAAGCAUGAUCAAAGCAAACGCAUUUUUUUCAAUUAUUUGCUACUUGACUCACGCAUAACUAAUGGUCUAAGGAAUCGAUCCAAGUUCAUGCACAAGAUCGACGUGUGGCUCACAUUUCUUCGGUCUAUCUUCUAUGUGGGCAAGGGAAAAGCUACGCGUCCAUACGUUCACUUGCGUCAGGCCCAUAAGCUAUUGCGAUCUGCCAAUCCAUUCGUACUGGCUAAGGAUCCGAAGCUGGCUCUUAUUGUUCAUCUUUGGCAGAGAAAACGUGGUGUUAUUUUGCUGCGUGGCUUUAAUGGCAUCUCAUCAAAUGAUGCACACACCCGUGAGGCGGCAAUGAUCGAUGCCUUGGGCAUCAAUCAUUUGACCAAUAGGCGAGUGGGUGUCUACUUCGGUGUGGUCCGCAACAAAUUUACAAAGGAACAGUGUAGAUUAAUGGGAGUGUUAUUGCUUUAUAGACUGCUAUUGGCUUACCUUAAGAAUGAGGAGUGCGAACUAAGACCUGAAAAUGCUUCUGUCCUUUAAGAAUAUAUGCUAUUAGUGAACGUCUCGCUCUACCCUGUCCACCUAGCACUGAGCAAGGUGGCAAAUUUGACUUUUCGCACGUGC